UUGUUAUUGUGUCGAACUGGGUGAGAAUGGAGCUCUCAGGCGGGAUGCACGCAGUGUGCGUGACCUAUGAAGCCGGUGCAAUCCAGUUUGAAGAGUUUCCCAAGACUAAAGAGCCUGCCUGGAUUCUGGGGGUCGGGUACAACACUGUUAGUGAUCGGCAGGAGCUUCAGAAUGACAUCAGUUCCAGACUUUGGUUCACCUACAGGAAGAACUUCACACCUAUAGGAGGUACAGGCCCCAUGUCAGACCAGGGUUGGGGCUGUAUGCUGAGAUGUGGACAGAUGAUGCUGGGACAGGCUCUGGUCUGCAGACACCUGGGUCGGGACUGGAGAUGGAACCCUGCUGCCUACGAUAACGACUACACAAAGAUUCUGCAACUCUUCCUGGACAAGAAGGACUCCUGUUACUCCAUACAUCAAAUUGCCCAAAUGGGAGUGAGUGAGGGCAAGUCAGUAGGGCAGUGGUUUGGCCCAAACACUGUCGCACAAGUGCUCAAGAAACUGGCUCUGUUUGAAGACUGGAGCUCAUUAGCUAUUCACGUUGCCAUGGACAACACAGUCAUCAUCGAUGAUAUCAAAAAGUUGUGUAGAUCGGCCAGACAGCCGACGUCGUCACAAGUCACCAACUCCUUCCUGUGUAACGGAGUCUCCAGCGAACAGCAGACCACAGCCAGAAGCCGCAGUCCAUUGCCAUGGCAACCACUCAUGCUGAUCAUCCCCCUGAGGCUGGGCCUCAGCGAGCUCAACCCUGUCUAUGUGGAUUGUUUAAAGGCAUGUUUUACCCUGAGACAGACACUGGGCAUGAUAGGAGGCAAACCCAACCAUGCACACUACUUUAUAGGCUAUGUAGGUAACUCCCUGGUAUACCUGGACCCCCACACCACACAGCCAGCAGUAGAGUUGGAGGGAAAUGUUCCCAUCCCAGACUCCAGUUUCCACUGUUCUCACCCCAGCCGUAUGAACAUACAGGACCUCGACCCUUCCAUUGCACUGGGUUUUUUCUGCCAGGAUGAGGCAGACUUUGCGGAUCUGUGUGACAGCCUGAAGAGACUGAUCAUCGGGCAGAAAACUCACAACGCCAUGUUUGAGCUGGUACAGAGCAGACCGGCACACUGGCCGCCCUACGUACUGCCUACAAGGCCAGACGGGACCAAAACAGAUUUCACAUCCCUGGAUUAUGACCAGGAAGGUGACAGACAAUACGACUCAGAUGAAGAAUUUGAGAUCCUAUGAUGAUUUUUUUUUACUUCUGCUGCAUCUGGAAAAUGGACUACAAUGUACAUCAUUACAUCAUACUAGAUAGACUAGUUCUGAAGUACUUUGAAUUUCCUUGUUAAGUUUCAGCUAACACACAGUACAGACAGAUUAUUGAAGAAAAAUAGGAAAACAUGUUCUCGAAUCUUCACAACAUGGGACGAAAGUGGAACAGCCAAAAUGCCUUGCUUCUGACCCUGGACUAGCUCAAGUGAAUAUAUACGUAAGGAAAUGCUAUCUGUACAGCUGGAAAUAUUGUGAAUAAAUACUCAAAGGUACACAGCUCUUCUGUGGAAAGCAACAUCAGCUAAAGGGAAGAUGUGCUCUAGUUUUAAAACAGCUCUGCUGUUUCAGCAUACAAUAUUUGGCCAUUGGAUUUUGCCUUAAUGUCUAAAAAAAAAGCUCAACUUGGGAAUCUUUAGUUGCUAAUUGUGCAACAUCUUUGUAAAUGUUUAAAGGAGCAACUCCCAAAAGAUGUACAAGAAAUUAUAUUCCAUACCUCUACAAUUAGAUGUUUUCAGUUAGGUUUUUAGUUAUGAUAGUUGUUACUUUUAUCUCUUUUUCGAUUAUUUUUGUUUUUGUUAGUAAUACAUGUAUAUGAUAUUUGUUUAUGUAUGGCAACAUGCAAACUAAUAUAGACUGUAUUUAAC